CUCCAAGAGCCAUCAUACAACCUCCAACAUUCACUGAGUUCAUACAACAAAAAUGGCAAAGUGGAGCAUUGUCGCCCUCGCCUUAAUAGGCUACGCCGUGGCUGAAGCCCCUGGCGGCUACAGCUAUGCACCAGCUUCUUCUAUCCAAGUAGUCGGAGGCGGAGGCCACGGAUCUCCCUUAGCCAGCGGCGGCCACUACACCUCAGUGCCAGUCGGAUACCAGACCUCAGAGGGCUACCACAUCGACCCCCAUCUACUCGACAAAAUCAGGCACAUCAUCCUUAAAGACGAAAUCCAGAACCAAGCUUACCAAUCAUCCAUUGGAGGUGGUCACGGACAUGGCAUCUCUUCCCACUAUGGUGCCCCAGUUUACGGAGUUCCUCAUGAAAGAGUUGUAGGCGUUGAAUUGGAGUCUCUCCAGCAAGGCAUCCAAGUGGCUCAGUACCAUCAAGCUGAAGAGGGCUACGGUGGUUACGCCGGUGGUUACGCUGGUGGCUACUCUGGUUACUCCAGCGGCGGUUACUCCGGCGGCAGCUCCGGUGGCCACGGAUCCAUCUCAUACAGCGCCCCUUCAGUGUCCUACACGACCAUCGGCGCUCCCUCAGGCUCCUAUGGCGUCCCAUCCAUCUCAUCAUCCUACGGCAGCCCUCACCAUUAAACGAACGACUUAGUCAUUUCAUCUUAAUGUUAUGAAACUCUAUGUGAUUGCCUUAGACGUUAACUGUAUUAUAUUUGUUGUUAAUAUAAGUUUUCUGUAAAUAAAAACCUACCUUUUUGUA